AUGUUGGCUAAUCUUCACAAAGCAUUAGAUAAUUUCGAUCAAGAAGUUCUCGAUUCAUGUAGUAAAGAUACACAAUUUAAAGUUAUUCUAUUUGCUCUAUGUUAUUUUCAUGCUGUUGUAUCUCAACGUACAAAAUUUGGUUCUAUAGGCUGGAAUAGAAAAUAUCCAUUUUCUUCCGGAGAUUUACAAAUAUGUAUUGAUGUUUUACGUAAUUAUCUUGAAGCAAAUGUUAAAAUUCCUUGGGAAGAUCUACGUUAUAUAUUUGGUGAAAUAAUGUAUGGUGGACAUAUAACUGAUAAUUGGGAUCGUCGUUUAUGUCAUAAUUAUCUUGAAACAUAUCUAAAUCCAACAAUGUUUGAAGGUGAUCUUUAUUUGGCACCGGAUUUUCCAUUAGCACCUCCACUGGAUUAUAAAGCAUAUCAUGCUUAUAUUGAUGAUAAACUUCCAAGUGAAUCACCAAAACUUUAUGGACUUCAUCCAAAUGCUGAAAUUGAUUUUCUUUCUCAAACAAGUGAAAAACUUUUUCGUAUACUUAUUGAAAUUUCACCAAGAGAUACAAAUUCAAAUGCUCAUGGACAAAGUGGAACAAUCUCACGUGAUGAAAAAAUACGAAACGUACUUGAAGAAUUUCAAAGUCAUAUGCCUGAAGAUUUUAGUAUUGUUGAAUUACGUGCACGUGCUGAUGAACGUAAUCCAUAUGCCGUUGUUGCUUUACAAGAAGCUGAAAGAAUAAAUAAUUUAUUACGUGAAAUUCGACAAAGUCUUAAGGAACUUGAUGGUGGUCUUAAAGGUGAAUUAGCCAUAUCAUCCGAGAUUGAAAUUUUACAAGAAUGUUUCUAUCUUGAUAUUGUACCUAUUCAAUGGGCUAAUCGAGCUUAUCCAUCACUUUAUUCAUUAGGUAUAUGGUUUCAUGAUAUGUUAAAUCGAUAUCGAGAAAUAGAAAAUUGGACAGCAGAUUUUCAAUUACCGAAUUCUGUAUGGUUAGGUGGUCUGUUUAAUCCACAAUCAUUUCUUACUUCAAUUAUGCAAGCUGUUGCACGAAAACUAGACUGGCCACUUGAUCGUAUGUGUCUUAUAGUUGAAAUAACAAAAAAACAAAAAGAAGAAUUACAAAAUGCACCAAAAGAUGGUGCUUAUAUUCAUAAUUUAUUUAUUGAUGGAGCACGAUGGGAUAAACAAAGUAAUUUAUUAAUAGAAGGAAAAUUAAAAGAAUUAUGUCCACCAAUGCCAGUUAUAUUUGUUAAAGCUAUACCUAUCGAUCGAUUAGAUACCAAAGGUACUUAUGAUUGUCCAGUAUAUAGAAUUAAAACAAGAGGAAAUACAUAUAUUUGGCAUUUUAAUUUGAAGACAAAAGAAAAACCAUCAAAAUGGGUGCUUGCUGGUGUAGCACUUUUAUUACAAAUAUGA